AAUGUCGUUCGUUCUUCUUCGCGAUUCAAUUGAGAAAGUCGAGUUGUCAAAUAUUGGGAAAACUUUUAACAGCCAUUAACGAACCAGUCCCAAAGGCGCAAGCUUUUUUUGUCUCUUUCGCAGAAUUCUCCAAUUUCUGCACAGACUCUACGAAAGUUUAAUCACAAACCAAUUACUUGUAUCGCUUAUUUUUAAAUACCCUUUAUCGCCAUGGGUUGCUCCUCCUCUGUCCCAGACAGGGCUUCUGGGCGAUCGGGUGGGCUUAAUCCAGAGAACAGUGCAGCUGAUUCCAAGAAUUUACGCGUCAAGCUUGUCCUGCUAGGUGAUUCUGGUGUCGGUAAAAGCUGUAUUGUUCUUCGCUUUGUCCGUGGUCAGUUUGAUCCAACGUCUAAGGUAACUGUUGGAGCAUCAUUCUUAUCACAAACGAUAGCUCUUCAAGAUUCCACAACGGUGAAGUUUGAAAUAUGGGAUACUGCUGGGCAAGAGAGGUAUGCUGCAUUAGCACCACUUUACUAUAGAGGUGCUGCAGUUGCAGUUAUUGUAUAUGAUAUAACAAGCUCCGAUUCCUUUGCCAAAGCACAAUAUUGGGUUAAGGAGCUACAGAAGCAUGGCAGCCCUGAUAUCAUUUUGGCAUUGGUUGGUAACAAAGCUGAUCUUCAAGAGAAAAGGAAAGUAUCUGUUCAGGAUGGGACAGAGUAUGCAGAGAAGAAUGGAAUGUUCUUUAUUGAGACAUCUGCGAAGACUGCGGAUAAUAUAAAUGAGCUGUUUGAGGAGAUUGCGAAGCGGUUGCCACGACCAACUUCCUCAUGAUCUUGCACGACAUGAAUAAUGUUGUCAACGGCUUAUUUUAAAGGAAACCUGCCUGCUCUCAUGUGAUUUGUGUAUAGUUUGGUGAGUCUGCAGUCGUUCGCUUUGUUAUUUGAUUUGACUAGUUGAUACUUUCAGCCUAAAGUGUAACAUUAAACAGAUGUGAAAAUGGUGAAAGAUUCAUUCCCCUUUAAACCAUAAUCUGCAUUUGUAAACUAUAUUUCCUGAGACUGACAGAAAGAUUAUUUGGAUUUUAUUUCCUUUUCUUUUA